UAAAAUUUAUAUUAGUGAUUUAGGAUUAUGUCGACCUGUAAAAUCAUUUUUGAAAAAGUAUGAUAUUUAUGGUGUUAUACCAUUUAUGGCUCCUGAAAUUUUAAGAGGCAAAUCUUAUACUCCAGCUAGUGAUAUAUAUAGCUUUUCUAUGAUUAUGUGGGAAUUUACAUCUGGGGUACCACCAUUUAAUAAUAAAGCACAUGAUAUUCAUCUUAGUAUAAGUAUUUGUAAAGGUGAACGGCCUGAA